AUGCAGGAUGAAAUUACGGCUUCCGAAAUUGAAAACUUUGGCACACCGUGUAACUUUGAAUUCAAAGAUUUUCCGAAACAAAUUGGUUUCACCGGGUGGAUGAAUGGAUGGGCGAAAGAAGAGAUGGGCGAGCGGUGUAACGGGUACAUGGGAUUUUCGGAUGGAGGACAGGCCGAAUUCCCUCUGAAGAUUGCCGAGUAUGAAAGAAACAAUUGUUGGUGA